AUGUUUUUUUUUUUGUUUCAGGGUUCGGACGCAAGUUCAGUGUUGUUCGGCUCGACUCCACCUUCCGCCCCGUCAGCGGCGGCCCGCAACCUAAAGCAACAACAAGCACCGCCUCCGCCGCAACAACGGCCGCCCGCCGACUUUCCAACCGCUGCGGCCGCAGCAACGGCCGCCUCCGCAGCGGCAGCGUUGCCGCCCGGCCUGACGCCGUCUUCGGGCGGACUGUCCGCCCCGGGCGCGAUCGCCGGCUCGCCUGUGCCCGCGCCAACGCCGCCCAACCUGCCGGUGCCGUCGCCGGCGCCCGCCCAGCAGCCGCCUCAGUUGCCGCCCCCGUCGAUACCGGUGUCAGCGGCGGCCGUUGCGGCAGUCGGAUCGCCGACGGCGCAUCAUGGAAAGCCGGGCGCUACGCAGGGCGACAUCCUUCCACCACCAGCAGGCGUGCCGCCGGUCACGGCAUCGUUACCGGUCUCCGCAGCCGGCCAGCCACCGUGCCCGGCACCGACCCCGCAAGGCCUGCCUCCCACGGCGCCCGUGUCGAUGCCCCAAUCCGCCGCCGCAGCUCCGGUUGCCGCCCAUCAUCCGCAUCCCGUGGAGGCGGCGCCGGCUGGUGUACCGCCCAUGGGCGGACACGCAGUGCGGACGGACAGUCCGGCGGUGGCGACGUCUGCGAACGCAGCGGUUGCUCCAUCUCUCGGUCAAUACCACCAUCCGGCAUACACGCCGCACCACCCGCAUCACCAUCAGCAGCACCAUCAACCGCUGUACGCUCCAUACGCGACCGCUACGACUGGUGCCCCGACCCCGUACAAUACUUCCGUCGCCCCAACGCCGUACUCAACACACCAACCGACUGCCAUCACAACGGUGGUCGGGGGCAAACCGACGAUGGGGCAGCAGCAGCAGCAGCCCACGGGGCUGCAGCAGCCGGAUGAUGUCAAACCGGUGAUUAUAGGCGCUGCAGGACAUCCGCAACAGCAACCGCCCCAACCGCCUCCGACGCAAGUCACUAAGGGACCUAGUCCUGUCAGGGAGGUCAGGGAGAGCUAUAGCAACGUAAGCAGUCUGAGUCGAAGUACGGUCUCGACGUGUUCCACCAUGGUGCCUCCGUCGUCGACAGCAGCGGUGGUCAGCUCCGCGCUGACCGCCUCCACGGUAGCAGCUUUAACCUCUAGUCUUUCAACAGCGCCGCCCAGCGCCAACGUCAUCACGAGCAAACCGCAAUGGCCGCCGCCUGCGCAGCAGCAACCGCCCCCUGCGUCGAUAGCCCCGCCCGCCGUACCACAGGUCGUACCGCAGGUGCAAACGCCUGCUGCCCCCACUGCGGCGCCCGUCGCUACGCGGUUAACGCCGCCUCCAGCCACCAGGCCGACGCCGCCCCUUCAUGCCGGGUAUCCACCGCCUGCCGCUGGGCAGACCACCACUGGCAUGUUCACCGCCCCCACACUGCCUCCCCCACCUCCAGCUCCGGCGCCCGUUCCUGUGGCGGUGUCUCAACAGAGUCCCAUAGCGCCCGCCCCCACGGUGACUGCGGUACCACCCACUGUAGCCGCACCGGCGGCCGCCGCCCCCAAUCCCAACCCGUUCUCAGCGGAGAGUCUCUUCCAGAGCGGGAAGUACCAAACGAAUCAAGCGGACAUGUUGCGACGAGAGCUGGACAACAGGUUUCUGGCGUCUCAGGAUCGUUCGUUAGGCGUAGCUCCCCCUCCAUAUUUGAGGACGGAGAUGCAUCAACAUCAACACCACCACACGCAUGUCCAUCAACAUACCUCAUUACUUCCACCGACGGCAGCUUCCUCAUUAUAUCCAUCUCCAUUGUCUAUGUCACCAAUGGAACGCCUUAGCAGGAGAACGCAAAGUUGUUUCAAGGAUAUUCCAAAAAUUGGCGGAGUGGAUUCGCCGUUCUACCGACAAAACUUAGGACUUCCUACUGGGUAUCCGGGUUAUACGCCCGGUUUAAUUCAUCCUGGAUUAACAACAGGCCCAACGCCGUUUGUGCCUCCUAAUCACCUGCCUACUUUUCAACCUAAGUCGUUGACACCCCAAGAUCCAACAAAACCGAGAAUAGUGAAAACUGGGAAAUGGAAUGCAAUGCACGUGCGAGUAGCAUGGGAAAUCUACCAUCAUCAGCAGAAAAGCGGCGAGGCGAAAGGAGGCCUCGCGGCAGCUGCUGCAGCUGCAGCCGCGGCGGCCGCUGCAGCCGGCAAACCAACACCAUCCGAUCUACUUAGGCCUCCCACACACUUGUUUUCACCAGGAAUGCACCAACAACAGAGACCAACACCUCCAAGUGCUCAUGAUCUAACGUUCGCACCUGCGUUAUCUCAUAGACCGCCUGGAUUUGACCAGCAUCCUCCACCACAUCAUCCAGGGAGUCUCUUUACGUCUCCAGCAGCUAGUCAUUUAGGUAAAUCUCCGUUCUCGGCAGGUUCAACGCUAUCUCCGUUUACGAGGUACGGCGCCCCCGGUGCGGGGGCGCCACCUCCGUUGGGGGCUUCCAGUACGUCACCAUUUUCGAUGUCUCCGUUUGCCGCAGCGGCUGCUGCAGCCGCGGCCGCGGGUAGAGAAGCUCAUUUAGGAUCACUAGCGUCGCUACAUCACGAUCCGUGGCGAUCAUUACAACGUGCCAUCCCCACCUUCCCGCCAGCAGUCAAUCCUCUACCUCCAACGUUGCCGGGAUUAACACCUCCAGCGCCUUGGACCAUCAAACCUGAUCCUGUUCUGGAGCAACGAGAGCGCGAAGCUAGAGAACGGGAAGAGCGAGAGAGAGAAAGAUUGAGGAGAGAACGGGAGGAACGGGAAAGGAGAGAGAGGGAAGAAAAACAAAGGAGGUUAGAACAGCAGCAACAAGAACAGAGGGAACGUGAACGUAGAGAAAGAGAGAAACGCGAAAUGGAACGCAGGGAGAUGGAGCGGCAGCGUGAAAGGGAGCGAGAGAGAAUGAUACAGGAGCAAAGAAUGGCGGAGUCUGCUAAGCAGAUGCAGCAACCCUUGAUAAGAGACAGAUCACCGAUGCGAAACGGUGAUUUGUCCGACAUUAGGGUCAAAGAGGAGCCUAGGAUAAAAGAAGAGGACAUGCUGGCUAGGACGGAUCCAAGGUAUAAUCCAUUCCUGCGCCACCCUGGCUCGCUACCGCCUCCGCCGCCGAAUCCCGCCUCCAUGCUGGACCGGACGCGGAUGCUUUCCCACCCCUUACCGCCGCCUCCCCACCCUUACCAUCACGCAGCUCCCGCGGCACAUUGGGGAGCCCCUCCUCCUCCGCCCACAGACCCUUAUUACCAUCGGUACGGCUACUCGCUAAUGGACGCGAUGCGAGCGCAAGAGGAAAGGGCGUGGGCCUACAACGCUGCCGCGACCGCCCAUCUCAGGCCGAAGGAUCCCGGAUUGAUGCACCUGAGGCCGCAAGCGCCACCUCCCUCGACGGUGGGCGGUCCACCGCAGCAUAAGCUCGGCAUGACUCCGCCCACGUCAGGCGUGAUCGAACACAAGAAGGAGGAGCCUCGAUAGCAUACAUCCACGGAGAACGGAGAUAAAAAGAAAUGAAGAUAGUGAGAUGAUGACGAUGUGCAUUGUACAGGUCUAGAAGAGAUUGUGAUGGUGAUUGGUAGCUGGUUAUUUAGUCAAGUCAAUUUUAGAUCAGGUGAAAUCAUUAGCAAGGAAGAAACAGUUUGAUGUGAGACCACUGAUUUUACAAAAUUGAGGAAAAAAUAAAUCUUGCAUAGGCAACUGCUUCACUCUCCCUAGUUUAUGGAAUUAUUAAACUUAAAAAUGUAUGUGAUAUUCAGAUAUAGUGAUAAUCCAAGCAGAUUUUUGAAAUUCUGAGAUUUGUUUCAAAACAUAUGGAAAAACUUGAGGAAUAAUUAUUUGAAUUGUUUUAAGACAUUUGACGACUUUCAAAGUACUGCGUCUUUACGCAUACCCAUCCGUAACGCACGUAACUCGAAAUGAACAACUUUUGAAUAGCAUUGUACAAUCCAAAAUUUUACAAUAUAGUAACUAGUUGAGGUCCUGCACGGUGGUGCUAAUUUUUUACCCUUGAAAUAAUAACUCGAAUAACUUUUUAGAAAAACAUCCUUUCUAUUUAUCACCACUGCAGCCGAUCCCAGAUGGUUCUUAAGAACGAAAACUUUGUUAUCUGGCCUAAAAAUUCAUAUCCAGAGGUUUUUCUGGUAGCUGAUAAGUUGCAAGUUCCAUCUGGUUAUAUAGCAGAACAUCUACUUCAAGUAAAAUACAUGAGUAUUCACAAAGUGUACAGACAAAAGUACUUGAAUGAAUUUAGAUAGUCGUGAGAUCAUAUUAUUAAAGUCUGGUUUUAUUGCUGCAAGUUCAAAGGGGUAUUCAAAACAUGGACGCAUAAAAUGGGUACACCAAUUUUUGUGGGAAAGCUUUGUAUUCGACAACAUAGAAUGAGAAACCGUGUUUUUGGGAUUUAAUCGAAAGUGUUCGCAAGAACGAAAAAUCUCUUCAGAUAAGAAUUUUAGAUAUUUAUGAGACCACACGUAAAAAAAUGUUUAUAUUUAAACAAUCAAGCUUUCCAAAAAAAUCUUUUUGGAGUCAUUGUUAUGCAGUGUUAAAAAAGAUUGGCAACACUGACUUGAGACUAAUCCAACCAUGGACACAGCUAGUGUUAUUCAAAGAUUAUUUAAGGCCGGCUUUCAGUGGUCAUUCAGGGAUAUAUCGAGAAUCUUCAAAGGACAAAAUAGCCCUAAAAUAGUCGGAAGCAUCGUCCCUCGAAUUUUUGUCUUAUGCUCUAGAAGCACCUUGUACAGCUAUAAUUAAUAACAUUCUGGCACGCGUUAACAUUAACCUCAUCUUGCUAUUUUCAUAUUUAAAUCACCUACAUAUUUGAAAAUAGUGAGUUAAAAUUAAGGUUAACGCCUAUGUCCGGGCAUUCAUAACUAGCUACCAAGUUACCAUUAUCAUGAAUUUCAGACUUGCGUGCUUAGAUCAUAUAAAUUCAGCAGAAUAUCUUUAGACAUUUGUAAAAAAUUCAUUUUGUAUCGGUGACCAUAUAUUGUAAUGAAAGUUUAAUUUUUGAUCUCAUAUGUAGCAUAAUCAAAAAAGGGGAAAUUCGAGUAUGUGUGAGUGAAAUGGAGAGAUAUGAAGAAAGUAAAUUCACCCCUAGAAAAAGAUAUUUUUGCAAUCGAUAUGUGUGAAAAAGUAAAUAUAUAUGUCAUAUAUAUUACAAGCCGUCACUAUCCCUUUGAAUUAGAAUAUAUGUUUAUUCAAAUUCAAGCUGCAUGUCACACAGGAAGGAGAGCAUAUGUGAUACUCGACCAUGUCAAAGUUUGCUUGAAUGAGAUGUGGUAUAAAAAAUCACUUUCCUUCCUUCAGUUCAGUGAUGGACAAAUUCCGAAUAUUACCCGUGCUUUGCCUAAUCAUAUUAGACGAAAAUAAUAAUUGUGAAGUCUGAUUUAAUUGCUGCAAGUUAUUCAAGGGGGUAUUUUAAACAUGGACGCAUAAAAUGAGUUCAUCAAUUUUUGCGGUAAAACGUUUUAUUCACCAAAAAAGAAUGAGAAAACGUGUUUUUUGGGAUUCAAUCGAAAGUGUUGGCAGAAACUAAAAAACUCUUCAUAUAAGAUUUUUAGGUGUUUAUGAGACGUCCAAAAUGAGACCACACGUAAAAGAUCCGACUAAUAAUAGCACAAAUGUUAUGGCCGAAAAACGAGGCAAAAUGCAGGUUUUGGCACUUAUUGGUGAUGCUUGAAAUUCUUCAUAUUCGCACUAUUCAUACUUCUAAAUAACCACAAAAAAUUAGAGUAGAUUGGUCAAGUAGCUUUUGAGAAUCCCUAAUUGUUUAUCCCAAAACACCUGUUUUCCUGCCAUCACUACUAGUUUAUUGAGCAAUAUACAGGGUUAGUUCAAGGGGCAAACAUUUAUCAUAUCGGCAAGGUAAACACGUGUAUUUUGCUAUUAAAUGUUCUUUGAAAGAACCCUGUAUAUUGCUCAAUAAACUAGUAGUGAUGACCGGAAAACGGGUGUUUAGGGAUAAACAGUUAGCAAUUCUCAAAAAAUUACUUGACCAAUAUACUCCAAUUUUGUUGGGGUUAUUUAGUAGUAUCAGUCCUACGAAUUUGAAGAAUUUCAAGUAGUUGCGUAAAAUUAUCGUCGCAUUACCAGCAAGUGCCAAAACCUGCCUUUUGCCUCGUUUUUCGGCCAUAACAUGUUUGCUAUCAGUCGGAUCUUUUUACGUGUGGUCUUAUUAAAUACCUAAAAAUCUUAUAUGAAAAGUUUUUGCGUACCUGUCAACACUUUCGAUUGAGUCCCCGAAAACACGUUGUCUCAUUCUUUGUUGUCGCAUAAAAAGUUUUCCCACAAAAAUUGGUCUACCCAUUUUAUGCGUCCAUGUUUUAAAUACCGCCUUGAACAACUUGCACCAGACUUUGGCAAUGAUUUCGGGGAAAUUUGCUAAUAUGAUUAGACUGUUUCCUAAUCCGAAUGUUGUAUCUUGAAUAUGAAUGUAGCUUAAGUGACGUUCGAGAAAAUGCUGUCAUACUACUUGAACAAUAUGAUUCAUCAAGUAAAACGCAAGGCUGUCUUCAAAAUACAUUUAACGGCAAGAAAUUUGCCUGAUUCAAGUUUGGAAAUGCGAAAAAUUAAUGACUUUCUUUAGACAUUUCUGGGUAGCAAUUUUGAUAGAUACUCGAUAUUUUUUACAUAGUGAUUUAUUAAGAAGUUUCUUAUUGUCAAAAUCAAUACAAAUCUGUCUAUUAUCAGAUGUUACAGGAAAAUGUAAUGUAUUGAAGACACAAGUGGAUAAAGGUGUCAUUUAACGUUUUUUUCAAAAUUGCUUUUUUUGCAUUUCAUUCUGAGAUUUCUAAACUAAAUAUUUAAAAUGUCACUAAAGUAGCCCCAAAAAAUAUUCAUUUACAUAACAAGUGCGGUAAGUGAUACUUUUCCGCAAGUGUUAGGUAUAGGAUUUUUUUCUAAUAGUGCAGCGCUAGAGAAUAAUUAACACAGAAUUUUAAAUACGCAGUGUUUUAUUGUAAAUUUAAUAAUUUUAAAAUCGACAACAUCAAUAAUUCAUUUAUGAUAAUUAUUAACAAUAUUAAAAGUACUAUAAAAGUUUUGCAAUACAGUCUUAGGUGCUGCAGGCGGCUACUAUGCACUCAUGGACAUGUUUCAACAAGUUACAUUGCAAAACUUUUAUAUAGGGUAUUUUUUUAGAGGUAUAGAACUUUAAAUUGCAAUAAAACAACUAUGGAUUAUUCAAUUCACUUGAAUUUUUUUACUCGAAAGAUAAUCUCGUGGCAUUACAUUUUAAAUAUGAUUUCUGGCAUACGACUGCCACGGCUGGCUCGGAUGUAGUCCAAUUUUCGAUGACUUUUCCCAACAUUUCUGACCGUAUAUCGGCAAUAACAUUUCGAAUGUUGUCUUCCAAUUGGUCAAGCGUUUGUGGCUUAUCCGCAUAGACCAAUGACUUCACAUAGCCCACAAAGAAUAGUCUAGCGGUGUUAAAUCAUAAGAUCUUGGAGGCCAAUUCACAGGUCCAAAACAUGAAAUUAGGCGGUCACCAAACGUGACUUUCAAUAAAUCGAUUGUAGCACGAGCUGUGUGACGUGUUGCGCCGUCUUGUUGGAAGCACAGCUCAUGGACAUCAUGAUUGUUCAAUUCAGGAAUAAAAAAGUUAGUAAUCAUUGCUCUAUACCGAUCACGUUCUGGCCAUCAUCGUUUAUGAAGAAGUACUGACCAGUGAUUCCACCAGCCCAUAAAGCUCACCAAACAGUCAGUUUUUUUGGAUGUAACGGUGUUUCGACAUAGACUUGAGGAUUAGCUUCACACAAAAUGCGGCAGUUUUGUUUGUUGGCGUAGCCAUUCAACCAGAAGUGCGCUUCAUCGCUAAAGAAAAUUCGCUUAUGAAAAUCGGGAACAACGGCAGUCUCGUUUUGGGCCCAUUCAACGAAUCUACGCCUUGCUUGAUGAUCGUUUGGAUUUUGUAAGCACGCAAACCAAGAUCCUUCUGCAAAAUCUUCCAUAAAGUAGAUGGACACAGAUCCAAUUCGUGUGUUCGAUGGCGGAUGGACUCAUUCGGGUCUUCCUCAAUACUACGCUCUACAGUAGCAAUAGCUUCUUCUGUACGCACCGUACGGCGUCUCUGGGGAUGCGAGUUAUUAAUUAGAAUAAACGUGGUGCGAAAACGUUCCAUGAUUAAUCGAAUUAACUGCUCUGAUGGACGAUUUUGUCGACGAUAAAAUGUUCGUAGUGCGCGAUACAUAUUCCGCACACUUUCGAAAUAAAACUGCACGAUUUGCAAGCGUUGUUCAGACGUGAGUCUAUUCAUGAUGAAUUGCCAAACCAAACUGAGAAUAAAUCACUUGACAGCUGUCAAAUCGGUCGCCAUCUUCAAAAGUAAUGCCAACUUAAAGUUCUAUACCUCGAAAAAAAACACCAGUUAGUACCUUUUGUAAAAGAACAGUUAUUUGUAUUAUGAAAAAUUGUAGCCGUUCUCGAAUCAAACCUAGUGCCGCCGGCCUCGCUUUCUUCUAAAGUUUCAUGUUCUCUAGAACGUCCUGUAUAUAAGUAUCCAUUUUAUCUUCUAACGAUUCGGCUAUAUACCCUUAAGCCAGAGAUGUGGGCUUCCAGUCGCCGUGGAUGCGUGCGGAAAAGUGCUACUUUCCGCAGGCAGAUGCGUGUUGAAAGUACUUUUCCCACGCUGGUAGAAAAACAAGUUUUCUCCGUACAAUGAUUUUGUUACACGACACCUUUAUCCACUUGUGUGUUCGUAUAAAGAUGAUCAAAAAAGCUGAAUGCGAUACCUGAAAGCAGGUAUUUCCCCAAAGUAACCUGUCAUAUCCAAACUAUUAUGAAUUUAGCCUGGUGAUUGAUACCGUAUUUUUGCAGAAUGUAUAGGAUAAAAUGUGAUUGUGGAUAGAAAAUAAUUCGCCUUUUUAGAUAGUAUUCGUCAUGUUGUUCAUGUAGGCAUUGCACAUAAACGCUCGGAUAUUCUUACGUAUGAACUGCCUAAAACGAUAAUGUACAUAGUGUACCGCUUGACGUGAAUAUUGUAUAAAAGUAUCAACAUUUUUAACGAUGUAUUAUUUUUU